AAAAAGGGGGCCAACUGCUCCGCAGCCACCGUUGCUGUCGCAGGUGGGGACACUGCGAGAGUAGUCCAUAAAAUCCCCUUUUAUAUAAUGAGACAAAGGAUAUCAUCAUUUUGGAAAUUACGAACUUUUCUCGGAUCCCGAUUCGUCCAAUCAAUGCCAUGGAGGAAGAUAACAACAACUACAAGAGUUUAUCAGAAUUUGUAAAGAAGUUCUACAUCCCUUCUUACGUCCUCUCGCCCGAAUCGGAACCGGAGUCGGAGAUCGUUCCACCAGAGAGUCCAGUCCUUGUCUUCGUCAACUCCAAAAGCGGUGGUCAGUUGGGUGGGGAACUCUUCCUCACCUAUCGCUCUCUUCUCAACGAUAAGCAGGUCUUUGAUCUUGGGGUUGAGACACCCGAUAAGGUGCUCCGCAGAAUCUAUCUUAACCUCGAGAGGCUCAAGGAUGAUGAUCUCGCUCGUCACGUUCGGGACAAGUUAAAAAUAAUUGUUGCAGGAGGUGAUGGAACUGCUGGGUGGCUACUUGGAGUUGUGUGUGACCUUAAAUUAUCACAUCCUCCUCCUAUUGCCACUGUACCUUUGGGUACAGGAAAUAACCUUCCCUUUGCAUUUGGAUGGGGAAAGAAAAACCCCGGAACUGAUAGGACUUCGGUGGAGUUGUUUUUGGAUCAAGUCCUCAAGGCCAAAGAGAUGAAGAUUGACAAUUGGCACAUAGUUAUGAGGAUGAAGGCUCCUAAAGAAGGCCCUUGUGAUCCUCUUGCACCUCUUGAGUUACCACAUUCUCUACACGCAUUUCACCGUGUCUCUUCAACUGAUGAACUAAAUAUGGAAGGUUACCACACAUUUCGCGGGGGAUUCUGGAAUUACUUUAGCCUCGGAAUGGAUGCUCAAGUUUCUUAUGCGUUUCACUCUGAGAGGAAGCUGCACCCUGAAAAAUUUAAGAAUCAGCUCGUUAAUCAGAGUACGUAUGUAAAGCUUGGUUGCACGCAAGGAUGGUUUUGUGCCUCUCUCUUCCACCCUGCUUCACGGAACAUAGCUCAGCUUGCAAAGGUUAAGAUUGCAGAUAAAAAUGGCCAAUGGCAUGACCUUGACAUACCGCAUAGCAUCAGGUCCAUUGUAUGUCUGAAUCUACCCAGCUUUUCUGGAGGGCUAAAUCCUUGGGGCACACCAAAUCCCACGAAACAACGUGAUAAAGACUUGACUCCACCGUUCGUUGACGAUGGCUACAUUGAGGUUGUUGGGUUCAGAAAUGCUUGGCACGGUCUUGUCCUGCUCGCUCCAAAUGGACACGGUACACGACUUGCCCAGGCAAACCGCAUUCGCUUCGAAUUUCGCAAAGGAGCAGCAGACCAUACAUUUAUGAGGAUGGAUGGGGAGCCCUGGAAACAGCCACUGCCAAUGGAUGAUGAAACUGUGAUGGUAGAGCUUUCACACCUUGGCCAAGUGAACAUGCUUGCAACUCAUGACUGCCGGUCCAGAAGCAUGUACGACCCUUCAACGCCCCGUCAUCAGGAUUCGGCAGAAGAGUAUGAUGAUAAUGAAGACGACUCAGUGACUGAAGGCGAGGAAUUUAGAAAGUUUGGUGCUGCAGAUACCUUCAAGAUUCCUGACGAGGUUGAUAUUUCUCACCUUAGUUAGAAAAUUAGCCUUUUUCACUGUUGAUUCUAUGCAUUCUUCUUCCGGUCUCUAUUUUUUUUUUUUGGCAUAUUUAUAAAACUCUUUCAUAAAGAGGCAGCUAGCAGCAGUUGGUACCCAUUUUUCACAAAAUUUCAUUUGUUGUUCACGCUUAAUGAAUGAUCGAGACAGCUAUAUAAUGCUUCUGGAUUUUAUAACA